CGCGCUGCCAUACGCGGACCGGCCAACAUCCGAGGACUCCGGCCUGGAGUAACCCGCUCGCGUGACCUUUCCGCGGCCCGCACGCCUAGGCCAGCUCGGCGCCCGUCCCGCCGUUGCGUGUCCGCCGCCCCCGCCGAGCCCUGCGGUCCUCUGACCACGCGCAGUCACCACCGCCGCUCGUCAUGGCGGCCCUCAGCAAGUCCAUCCCUCAUAACUGCUACGAGAUCGGCCACACUUGGCACCCCUCCUGCCGGGUCUCCUUCCUGCAGAUCACUUGGGGCGCCCUGGAGGAGUCCCUCAAGAUCUACGCGCCCCUGUACCUGAUUGCAGCCGUUCUCCGGAAGCGUAAGCUGGAGUAUUACCUGUACAAGCUGCUCCCUGAGAUCCUCCAGUCCGCCUCUUUCCUGACCGCUAAUGGGGCCUUGUAUAUUACUUUCUUCUGUGUUUUAAGGAAGAUCCUUGGAAAAUUCUACUCCUGGACUCCUGGCUUUGGUGCUGCUCUACCAGCCUCCUAUGUGGCCAUUCUAAUUGAGAGGAAAAGCAGGAGAGGGCUGCUCACAAUUUAUAUGGCCAACUUGGCCACAGAAACACUGUUUAGAAUGGGUGUUGCAAGAGGAACCAUCACAACAUUAAGAAACGGAGAAGUCCUUUUGUUCUGCAUCACAGCGGCCAUGUACAUGUUCUUUUUCAGGUGCAAAGAUGGUUUGAAGGGCUUUACGUUUUCUGCACUUAGGUUUAUCGUAGGGAAGGAAGAGAUUCCCACGCAUUCUUACUCACCAGAGACAGCAUAUUCGAAAGUGGAACAGAAGAGGGAGACGCACAGCAGGAAGCCAAGAGGAAUGAAUCUCAUCGCUCUGGUUAGGACGCUUGUGGAUUCCAUAUGCAAGCAUGGACCAAGGCACAGGUGCUGCAAGCAUUAUGAAGAUAACUGCAUAUCCUACUGCAUUAAAGGUUUCAUCAGAAUGUUCAGCGUGGGUUACCUGAUCCAAUGCUGUCUCCGGAUCCCCUCUGCAUUCAGGCAUCUGUUCACAGAACCGUCCCGGCUACUCUCACUCUUCUACAACAAAGAAAACUUCCAGCUGGGGGCUUUUCUUGGAUCCUUUGUUAGUAUAUAUAAGGGGACGAGUUGUUUCCUCCGCUGGAUCCGGAACCUGGAUGACGAGCUGCAUGCUAUUGUGGCUGGGUUUUUGGCAGGUGUAUCAAUGAUGUUUUAUAAGAGCACAACAAUUUCCAUGUACUUAGCUUCCAAACUGGUGGAGACCAUGUAUUUUAAGGGCAUCGAAGCCGGAAAGGUUCCCUAUUUUCCUCAAGCAGAUACUAUCAUCUAUUCCAUCUCUACAGCAAUUUGCUUCCAUGCAGCCGUUAUGGAAGUUCAGAACUUGCGACCAUCUUACUGGAAGUUCCUUUUACGGCUCACCAAGGGCAAGUUUGCACUCAUGAACCGCAAAGCCCUGGAUGUGUUUGGUACUGGUGCAUCUAGAGAAUUUCACAAUUUCAUCCCCAGACUAGAUCCACGAUACACGAUUGUCACACCGGAGCUGCCCAUAGACUUUUCCUGAAGAUGACUGUAACUUAUGGACUGUGUUUCACCAUUUUCUCCUGAAGCGUUAAUUAUGUUCAACACAGAAGGGGCCCAAGCUGAACCUCAGUGUUAUGUCAACGAGAGAUGCUUUUUCUUUCCAAACCAAUCAGAAAUACAGAAGCUUUUUAGAAAGGCAUUGCUUAAUAAUUAAGCUUCCUCUGUAGCCAGAAUCUAAUUCUGGACCAUGUAGUGUUGACAUUAUGAUAUAUUGUUGAUUAAAUUAUGUCCACAAAGAAUAUUGAAUAAUCUAUGUAGAAAUAUAAUAAGAAAAAUAUACUUAAAAUUACUUUAAAAGAUGUCUUUAGUUCAUUCCAAUAGAAUUUUUGGUCAAAGCUAAGAAUAUUUCUCCACUUUAGGAUUUAAAAAGGAUCACGGGUACAUGGAGUCAAUCUGUGAUUUCUAAGCUUUUGAAUGGAUUUCUGUAGCUAAGGGGCGUUGGAGAUGUACAGAGCCCUCCAUGGGGCAUUGCUGCUUUAGUGUGGGGCAAUGUGGAGAAAGUGACCAUUCUUAUUUCAGGGAUGCAAACAUGGGUCUCGUACUAUUUGGGCCAAUGUCAUGGUGGUAUCCAUGCUCUUUUGUUCAGCUGACAGUCCCAGCUCUCUUCAAAGUGACCAGGUAGGCUGUUUGGCAGUCUAGUGACCUAACCUGCUCCUAGCAGGUUAGGAACUAAUGGAAACCGACAUGUCCUGCCAUGGAAAAAGUAUGUCUCAGUGUUCACAGGAGUGUUACACCUGAAUAUUGUCGAGCAGAUACUUAGAGGCCAAUCUUUACACCUCCUACAGGCAUAUUACGUUUCUUUUCACUUAACAAUGGCCGAACUCUUUGUAGCUCAGUUUGAAUGCCAUUGGUGUUUUAGAAGAGGUUAAGGUCCGGUGGAACAAAGGAGCUUUGGGCCAGUUUGGCAGUUGGUAACCUCUCUAAUGUCUCACCUAAAUGGGAUGUUUUACAAGUAAAAAUGUGAAAAUGCAAUGAUUGCUGGGAGUUCGCCUCUCCCUGAUUGGAUUUCUGCUCCCCUGCUUCCUGUUCAUUAACCAGUUCACUCUGGAGUUAAGGGACAACAGAUCGUUGGUGCUGAUUAUGGAAGUAGUCCAGGACAGCUGACUGAAAUAUGAUCACUGGGUUUUUCUGGGGAAAGCUGUACUUUUCUAGGUUAAUAAAAGGCUAAAAUUGAUGAUGUGUCUACAGUUAAUGUAACAUAUAGGAAUUAUCUUUAAAUAUAUAAUUUGGUUGCUAAAAAAGGUUUCAGGCCAUUGUAAAUUAUGCAGCAGGACUUGUGUUAUAACAGGAAUUGUAACCCAGACAUUGAAAGUGCUUAAUCCCCUAUAUUCAAUUGCGUCAAGCCUUGUAUAAUUGUAUUUCUAUGUAAUCCUACCCUUGGGUAUUAGGGUAAACCUUUACAAAGAGACAGACUCUAGUGCCACCAUGUAAGAGAAUCACUUUAGUUUGGUCAGAAUUUGGCAUUGUGGUUAGCUUUCUAGAGUGGACUUUCCCAUUGUGUAAUACCAUUGGUUGAAGGAUCACGUUGGACUUCAGCACUGAGUCAUUCAUGCAGUUUUAGGUUUUUAUUCACUGGAAUUGAACUGACGAUUAGUCCUCUGUUUACUUUUGAAAAUGAAGUAUUAAAGCACUGAGAACUCCUGGCUACCUGCA